AUGGCAGUCGCACAUCCGGCCAUCGCUAUUCGUGUCGCUGUUGAUCCACGCGCCCAAGGACCUCCUGCUGAUGAAUACGAUACUGAUGAUGAGUCGUAUCGCAGCGAAGUCAGCGAUGAAGAUAUUAGAGACAAACCAGAAGACGAUAGUGACGUGGAAGGUACAGGGGUCGACGAAGAUGAGCACUUGGAUGACAGCGACGUUGACAGCAGUGACUAUGAACGAGCUUCAGACGAUGGGACAUCUGAGAGCGAUAGCGAACCUGAAGACGGCGGUUUGCCACACCAUAAGUCAGCUAGCAAUGUUCAGAUACCGCCUGUUGGCUACCCUCAACAAGCUUCCGUGGUUCCAGAAGCACUGAGGCCAGGACCGAAUGGCCAUGAUUCGCGGGUAAUGCCUCCGCAGCAUCGCCAAGAUUCUGGUUCAAAGCCUCCAGUGCAUCCAUAUACGCCUUCUGAAUUACGACAAGCAGAUCGGCGCCAGGAUAUCCCUAUCCAACACCAGCACUUCCAAGACGUUGCUCCGUUUCCUCCGCAACCUGUGCAACCCUCCCGAACAAGUCUGCCGUUAUGGCAGCAGCCCUACCAGCGUUCAAUACAAGAGGAGGAAGCGGAAGACGGAUAUGAAGAAUAUAUGGAAGAAGCAGAAGAGGAGGUAGAAGGCACCGACGACUAUGACAAUCCAGAGCGGGGACCGAUUGUUCAAAGACAGUCAUACGAGUCAGCAGGACGUCAAAUCCAGAUGCCUUCUCAAGAUCAGGUAAUGGAGCGUCAACGUCAAGAGCAAAUCAGAGCUGCACUGGCAAAGAAGGCUUCAGACGAGCGAAUGACGCAAGAACAGGAAGCGGCCAAAGCCGCGGCGGAAGAAGCGCAUUAUCAAGCACAGCGACGCCAGAUACAAGCUCAAAGACAAGAAAUCGACAGGAAACGCCAAGAGAACAUGCAAGCUGCCAUGCAACAGAGACAUCUAGCGCAGCAACAAGCGCAGGAAGAGCAAGACGAGGAAGACGAGCUCGCAGCACAGCAAGAAGCUGCAGAAGCUGCGGCCCACGAGACUGCUCAGAGAAAGUUCGAAUAUGAACAACGUCAACAAGCACUUCAGAUGCAACGAGCGCAGCAGAAGCAUGCGGAUGAUGAACUCGCCGCCAGGGAAGAGGCAGAUUGGGCUGAUCAGGAAGCUGCAAAGGCCGAGGCACAGCAGCGGGCCUUCCAACAGCAGCAACAGUGGCAAGAACAACAAAAAGCCCAAGACGAUGAAGAGUAUCAGGCGCAACAGCAGGCACAGCACCAACAGCAACAGUUGCGAGAACAACAAAAAGCCCAGGAAGUUGCAGAUAAAGCUGCUCGAAAGCAAGCAGCAGACGAAGCUCGCCAGUUUGCAAAGCAAGAAAAAGAAGCGAAGAAGGCGGAGGAGAAGGCAAUAAAAGAUGAAAAGAAAGCGCAAGAGAAGGAGCGCAAGGAUGAAAAGAAAGCGGAAGAGAAGGAGCGAAAGGAUGAACAGAAAGAGGCUGAUCGAGAGGAACGUGAGACUCGUCGAGUGGAAGAGCAGGAGGCCAAACGCGAACGAAAGGCCGAGGAGGACGAACGGCGGAAAGAACAGCGCGAGAUGGACCGUGAAGCCCAGAAGGCUAAGCGGGCGAAUGAUAUAGAGAUGAAAAGGGCACGGGCAGAGGAGAUGCGGGAACGUAAGGCCGAGGAUGCCGUUCAACGACAACAGCAACAGGAAAUCGAUAGAGAAGCCCGCAAGACUCAAAGAGAACUCGAUGCGGCCGAAAAGACUCAACGAGCUCAGGAGCAAGCCGAACUCAGAGCAGAAGAAGCAUCUCAACGUAUUGAGGAACGCUCCAUGACACAAGAGGCCAGAAAGGCGGAGCGAGAAGCCCAGAGGCAGAUGCAUUUGGCUGAAAAGCAAAGCACGAUGGAAGAAAAGGCUGCUCAAGCUACCCAUAGUAUGGCAGAGCAUGCCAUGGAGCAAGAAGCAAAGCGUGCCGAGCGGGAAAUUGAGGUCCAAAGACGCCAGGCCGAACUAGAAGAUAAGAAGGCUCGACGAGCCACUGAAGCUGAGGAGAAAAGAUUGAGAAAGGAGAGCGAAGACGAAGAGCGAGCGCACAAGAAGACCGCUGAUCAGGAAAAGAAGACUCACCAACAAGAGGAGAGGCAGUGUAUGCAGGAAGAGGAGGACGAGCGGCGGAUGGAGGCUGACCGCAAGCCGAUGGAAACAGGGCAGCUGGAGGGCAUGAUGAAACCCAAGGACAUCAUGAUCAACAACGUGGCAGUCAUUCGGACGAAGAUCAUGACCACCAACAGGGUAGACACUCAGAUACGCAGCAUGGCGACCCUAGUGGUCCUAAUCACCGAGGCGGAAAUCAUCAAGAUCACGCAAGACAACCUGGACAACAGGGUCAACAAGACGGUCGCCAUUGGGACGGUAACCAUGGCCACCAACAGGGAAGAUACCCAGAUACACGACAUGGCGAUUCUAGAGGUCAUGGUUACCCGGGCGGAAAUUAUCCGGAUCACGCCGAAGAAGGUCAUGGUAACGGACUACGUCAAGAAAGACACCCAUAUAUGCAGCGCGGCGAUCCUAGAGAUCGUGAUCACCAAGGCGGGGCGAGAAGCGCAGGAGGCAAACUUGGAGGCUGCGCAGAGCCCUACCAGCCCCAACGCUCAAGGCAAAGGCAUCAGCAACGGAAACGGCGCGAAUGCGAACGGUGCCAAGCAGAAACCUGUGAUGAAUCGAGACUUGGUCUUGCAGGGAAGAAAGGACAGGAAAGAGGCAAAGAGGUUGAAUAAGGCUGCGGGGAAUGACGCCAAUUCUCAACAAGAGAGCGCAGGUGAACCGGUUAAGGAAGGCACAAACGACACAGAAGAAAAUGCUGCUAAACAACCCGCGCGUACGGAGGCUGAGAUAAAGGAAGCGCGGGAGGAGAGGAAGAAAGCGAAUCAAGUCAAGAAAGCAGCGAAGAAAGAAGCUAACGCCCAGAAAGAAGCUGCUGCCUCGGGUACCAAACAUGACGAUACGACUAAAGAUCAGAAGAGCGCAGAUGGUCCAGCCAAGGGAAAGCAGAGCGCAGAAGACAGCGCAAAGACUAAUCAGAAGAUUGCCAACCACACGAUCACCAACAAGACGGUCAACAACCAGACAAUCACCAAUCAGACGAUUACCAACCGAACGAUCAACAACGAACAUGUUACGAACGCCAAGACCGACAAAGGACCCUCGAAGAGAGAUAUCAUCGCAAAGAAGAGGACCGAACGAAAGGCUAAGAAAGAGAAGGACGCUGAUCAUAAGGAUUCUGAACACAAGGAUUCUGAAAACAAGGGUUCUGAACGCAAGGAUGCUGAACAUGAGGACGCUGAACUUAAGGAGAGUAAGAACGGUGGAGCGAAGUCAGACAGUACAGACGCAGACUCCAAAGCCGCCAACAAGAAGGAGGCGGAUGCAAAGAAGAAAGCCGAAGCGAAGGAAGCAGCCUCGAAACUGAAACCAGUGCACAAGGCUGAGAAAGCUGAUGAGAAGAGCGAAAACAAGAGGGGUGAGAAGGUUGGUAAGGAAGUUGUUCCAUUUACCAACAUGCAUGCCGAUAAGUCUGGGGACCCAAGUGCUGCGAAAGCUAAGAAAGAGGCUCAGAAAGCGGAAGAGGCCCGGGAGAAGCUCGAAGCUAAACGACUCGCAUCUGAGAAGAAGGCCCAAGACAAGGAGAAGUCGAAACUGAAGUCUCUCGUAAAGCAUGAGUCCUCUGAUACCAAGAAAGCAGCCGAGGCAGAGAAGCAAAGACUGAAGCUCGUAGCCAAAGAAGCGGCCAAAGACAAGAAGCCCGGAGCUAAGCAUCUCGCAAUCGACAACAGGCCACAUGAGGAGGAGCAGAAGUUCGAUCACAAAUCCAGCGCGAGUGAAUUCCGUUCGCAUGAAAGCCAUACACAGAGCUCUGAACAUCGACACAUUGGCUUAUUCAGAUCGAGUGCGAAACUCGAGGCCACCGAUACCAAAGCGGCCGAGAAGGCGGAGCAACGGAGGCUGAAGACAGCAGCCGAAGAAGCCGCAAAGGGACAGAAGCUGAUAAUGCAAGCCGAAGCGAAGGAACAGAAGCUCAUAGUCACAACGCUGGCCACCACUAAACAAGGAGCCGCCGCACGAAGAGCGGAAGAAAAGGAAGAGGAACGUAAGCGGAGGAGAGAAGCCCGGCUGAUGAUUGAGCAGCCGAAUCAGGAGCAGAGUUUGGUCAAGUUAGGAAAGAGAGAGCAUGACCAGCCGAAACAAGAGCAAAGUCUCGUCUUAUUUGGAAAGAAGGGCCAUGAUCAGCCGAAGCAAGAGCAAAGUCUAGUCAAAUACGAAAAGAAAGCGCAAGAUGAAGCCGCCAAGAAAGAGCGGAAGGCAAAGGAAGAGGAAGAGAAACGCAAGAAGAAGGAGGACGCCCGCGCUCAAGCAGAGCGUCGGAAAGGAGAGCAGGCGAAGCUUAAAGAAGAAAAAGAGAAGCUUCAAGCCGAGAAGAAAGAGAAAGACAAAGCUGAAAAGGCAGAGAAGGAUAGACUAGCAGCAAUCCAGAAGGAAGAGAAGAAGAAGCUUAAAGCUGUGGAGGACGAGAAGGUCGAAGCUUUAAAGAAACAGCACAAACAAAAGGAAGAAGAAGAGAAACGCCAGAAAAAAGAGGAUGAUGAGUUCAGCAGAGCUCAACAUCUGGCAGACCAAGCGAAAGGUGUAGCCGCAAAGGAACAGAAGAAUGAGAAAGAAAAGGAAGAGAAGCGCAAGAAGAAGGAAGACGACGACUUCGAGGCAGCACUUCGAAAGGAAGAAAAUAGAAAAGCCAAAGGGACACAAAUCGAGAAGGCUAACCUGGAGAGGAAAGAGAAGGAGAAGCGUGCAGCAGCCGACGCAGCUCGCCGGAAAGCAGAACAAGAGAGGACUAAAGCUGAGCAGCAAAGGAAAGAGAAAGCUGCAAAGUCAGAGUUGGUGAAUGACGCCGCAUUCAGGGAAAAACUUGAUAAACAGCAUGGAAAGUGGGAGGCGAAGAGGAACGCUGCGAAGAGUGCUCCGAAACCAGCGGCCGCGUCCAGGCCUACAGGUCCAGGGAAUGCUGCUCCAGCUAGGAAGCCUGCUCCAGCUAGAAACGCUGCUCCUGCCAGAAAGCGGAGGUAG